AUGCAAAAGCAAACAGAUUACGGUGAAUCGGCCAUCCUCAGAAAUAAUACUAAAUCUGGUAAAAAUAGACAUGCAAUCUCCUUGCUGUCAGAGAAAAGUUUACAUGCACUGAGUUCAGUUUCUACAAAAAUAUCUCGAGUCAGGCCGCCAUCAUCCACCUCUAAACUCCAACGAUCGAUUAGGAAAUCUUUCAUAAAGGAUUUCAAAUUAAAACGUUUUACUUUUAAUGAAAGUAAAAAGUAUAAUGAUGAUGAUGAUGAGAAUGUUAGCACUGCUACUACAACUACUACAAAUAACAUUGCUAAUGGCCAUAGAAUUGAUACAAGUGAUUUGUAUUAUCAGCAAUGUGCUAAAGAUAUUCUCUCAGAAAAUUUCAGUAAUCUGGAUGAAGUGGAACUCAAAUGCCGAAAAAAAAUAUCUAUAGAGCUAAAAUUGUUAGAGGGGAUUAAAAAAUUAAAGAGAGCCAGUUGUAGCGGAGGCGGUGUGACCAAUCUACUGGAUGCUGCAAUUAGGCAGAUUGUUCUUAACAAAAAAUUAAAGGCUCUCGUACUGGAAAUACAAGAUUACAGAGCUCACAAAGUUCUACUCGAUCCAUCCAACUCUUUUAUAAACAACAAUGUGCAGCCUUGCAGGGCAAGUUUUGCCAUAUCAAACACAAAGGCCUACUCUGUUUUUUGCUUGUUAAACAUUGGCUCUCAGUUCUUUGAGACAAAACUACUGGCAAAUGUUGAUAAGAAUACUUUUGAUCUACUCUUUGACGAGAUCAUAAUCUUUGAUGACGUUCCUAAAGAUUUCACCUGCACCAUAGAGGUGUAUGCACAUAGAAAGACUUCAAACUCAUCGAGAUUCCUAUCAAUUGAUGUCCAUUCUCUUCCACUGUUUGGUCAGUUUUGUGGUCGACUCCAUUUGAGACCCAACUGCAUCAAAAAUUCCCCAGCCAAUCAUGAAAUUGUUAACUGCUGUGAACGCCAACAGACGACUGGAAAAAUGAGAUGUGGAGGUGGAAAAAGAGAGAGUGAACAUUGUUGGCAUGGAUUGCUGGACAUUCGGAAGAAUCAGAGCAAAGAUAAAAAAGAAGCUAUCACUCAUUCCAUGUGUUAUUGUAAUUUAAGCAUGGAAUCAUUGGAUGUGUAUUUUAGCCAAUACAUUGAUGGCACAAUUAGUUGUUAUGAAGUGACGAAUCGAAAAGAAUUUCUACAUCUGACAGAGCUAGAAAAAGAUCAAAGAUCUAUAAGACACAACACUACAAUUCUCAACAACACAAUUCUAAACAACAACACAACUUUCAACAACAAUACCACAAUUCUCAACAACACAACUCUCAACAACACCACAAUUCUCAAAAUUAGAAUGGAAAUCUUAGCCGACACUGCACAAGAACAACGCACAUGA